UGCUUCAGACCGUGGGGGAUGAAGUGUGGGAAGAUCAGUGCUCCGAACUAAGCGUCAUUUUCUCUCCCUGCGGUUGAACUAGAUGUUGACAUAGCUACAACCCCGUGCCAUGCCGCGCAGUGGCUACUCCUUUCGUGCCAGCCUGGCGUUGCCCAUUGUUAGCGGUGUGAUAUACGGUUGUGUGUUAAUGAACGCGAUCCCGGACAGCUCUCUUGUCUGUACUUGCGUUGUGCUGGGAUGUUUCAGAUCAUGGCCCGAAUUGAAAAGCAUCUAGUGACCGAAUUAAAAUAGCAUUUGAAACGAUGGAAGACCAAGGCUAACAAAAUCACGCGACAAGAUUUAUUUGUGCAUACUCCCGUUACAUUCCAGUCAUUUACGAAUGCUAUGGUUUUGCUGAUAAAGCGUUUAAUGAGGUAUUGAAUGACUGAAGAUUCAUGCGGCCAGUACCGACAUACGUCAUGGCUUGAAGCCAGUUUUAGAAAGCAGUGCUUUUGCUGAAAUAUCGUACAGAUUAGUCGGAAUCGGGUGAAUGACAAACCAGUCAUAGGAUUGACAACGGCUCAUUAUCUGCAAGUCGGAUACACAUGUACGGGAUGGGCAGUAAACGUGCGCCGGGGUCGAGGAGCGGCCCGUCGUCGUCGCUGAUGCUGCAGCAGCACCUCGUGCACCACUACCGACACCUGCAGAACGCCCGACCUGUCAUCGACUCCGGCCAGGUCACCAGGCAAAAGAGCGUGCGACAGCGACCGUGGCGCCACCUACAGCUGUCGGGCAGCCAGUGUCCGCCCAGCUCCGGAUCCACCGCCAGUCUUCAGCUAAUAGACCGCAUACUGAACGACAAACACAUGCCGCCCCAGUACUACACCGGCCAGCUGAUGGAUCGAAGUGACAAGAGCUCGGAGACACUGGAUGGUCUUCACGAGCUGCACGCCCCGCUGAAGCUGGAGCCGACCGACAUGCCGCCGGACGAGACGUCCAUCCUAGAGAGAAUCGACAGCUACCUACUGGCGAUGCGGGCCGAGGAGCGGCGCCAGGCCUGUCGGCGUCGCUUCAACCUUGCCAGCCCCGGCCGGGUCCGGCCCGGCGCACCUCUGUUCAUUUCGCACCACUGA